UCCGCUUGUGGGACGCCCGCGGCCGGAUGCCCUCCGUCCGCUCCCUCCUCGGCCUCUUGGCGGCCGCGGCGGUCUGUGGCGCCUUCGCCUUCCUAGGCUACUGUGUUUACCUCGACCGGAAGCGGCGCGGGGACCCCGCCUUCAAGCGCCGCCUGCGGGAUAAAAGAAGAGCCAAGCCUCAAAAGCCUGAGGAGCGGGGCACGCAGGUGCAGUGCUUUCGAUCCACGCAGUUGUGGGAUCCAGCGAAGAAUAAAAAAUUGCAAGAACUUUUCUUGCAAGAGGUACGGAUGGGAGAACUUUGUUUAUCUAGAGGAGAGCAUAGAAUGGGGGUUCGACACCUCAGCAAUGCCCUUUUAGUGUGUGGGCAACCACAGGAACUUCUGAAGGUUUUCAAACACACACUCCCUCCCAAGGUAUUUGAGAUGCUGUUGCACAAAAUUCCCCUUAUUUGCCAGUUUCCAGAUAUUACAGCAAAUGUUUGCUGUUAUAGCAGCAAAGACCCAUCAGGGGUUACCUUCUGAUUAUAUCCCUGAAACCUGGAGGAGAGAAGAAAGAAGCGAAUUCAAGAAUCACUGGCUUAGAUCUCGGGAAUGACUACAGUGAUGCUGUUAUUCUUGUGACAAACAAAAUAUAUCAUAGAACCAGAGAACUUAAGAAUAAUGGGAGAUCUUUUCAGUCAUCAAGCUCAAACCUUUUCUGAUGCAUGAGUUUCGUUUCUGUUCUGGAAAAGUAGUUGUCCAACCUUUGCUUGAAUGUCUCCAGUAAGGCCUGAUUCUUACCUGAAAAAUGAGGUAAUAUGAUUACUAAGUCCCCUUCAAGUUCUUUUUUUUUUUUGUCCUUUUUUUUUUUGUCCUUUUUGUAGAGAACGGGUCUCGCUAUAUUACCCAGGCAGGUCUCGAACUCCUGGGCUCAAGCUAUCCUCCCGCCUCUGCCUCCCUGAGAACUGGGAUUACAGGCAUGAGCCACCGCGCCCGGCUCCUUCAAGUUCUAAUAGUCUUUUCAAUGAAAUGUAAACUUCUAUUGGCUAAUUUUUUUUUUUUAAGUUUCUUCCUUUUUAGUAAGUGAAAUUAGUUUCCUCUAGUCUGAGGUUACAAUUCUUUGGCAUAUGUGUUACUAUUAAAAAAAAUACUUAAUG